AUGACGACGGAUAAGCCAAAAAACCUGUCAGAAUCUACCCCAAGAGAAACCGGGCUACAAAGACAACUUGACGGAUUACAUAGUCAAGUGACCAACCUAUUCAAGGCUUGGGAAGCCGCUCAAAACCUUGAGCUUUCCCCUAAAGUCCAGAGCGUGGAAGAACAGCCAGACGAACGUUUAGAACUUCCGGAACAAUGUCAGGAAGAGGGCACCCGAAAAACGCAAGAGGUCCUGAUUCAUGGGGCAGCAGGUGACAUUCCGAAGCCAGAACUCGACAGCAGAAGAUUAGGAGAGCCCAUGGAAACCGUUCCUGCCUUACUACCUCGGCAAGAUCAAACAAUCCAUGUCAUAUCUGGAGGGUUAGCAACAAGCGACAUGAACCAUUCAGAAAAGGCACCUGGGGGUAUAGUAGACAGCGGAAGCUCCGGCAACAUCAUCUUCCGUACUGCGUACCAAAGCCUGGGACUAAAGUAUGGUACCCUGAUAAAGAAGAUAAUCCCGCUCGUGGGGUUCAGCGGAGAAGUUAAGCAUACCGAAGGAGAAAUCAUUCUCCCAGUCUACGCCGAAGGAGUCAGUAUGCAAACCAGAUUCCUAAUCGUCGAUUGCCAGUCACCCUAUAAAAUCAUCCUCGGGAGGUCUUGA